GAUAUCAUUUGGAUUUAAACGGGGGUAAGUGAAAGAUUGGGAGUAAGGAAUUUUAACCAGUGAAAAAUAGCACUGGUUGGUCACGUGAUUCACCGGCAAAUAUGGAAGGAAAAACGGCUGAGAAUCACGGAAUCACGUAAGCAUCAGCGAAUAUUUGAGGCAAAAGUCUUCCUCUCUUGGUCGUCUCGUUAUCUAGCCACGUGAACCACGACGAAAUACCGCCCUUCCCGCUCUCCACAACGAGACAACUAAAAUACCAAUUGCACAUCGAGCUGAGGCAGAUGAAAUAGUCACUUUAUCAAAAUUGUACCAAGUGCGUAGCAUAAUUUUUCAUCUGCCGGAGAUUUUGACAGUGUUUGGGGAAUAGGAUGGCUCUCGAGGCGAUCAAAUGGGUGAAUGGAAAGCUCGAAGUACUCGAUCAAAUUCUCCUUCCAGCUAUCACCAGGUAUGUCCCGGUGCGAGGCGUCGAGGAUGGCUGGUUGGUCAUCAAUAAAAUGCAGGUACGCGGAGCUCCUGCGAUAGCCAUCGUGGGCUGUCUGAGUCUAGCAGUUGAGCUCCAAAAUGAACAGUACCCAGAUAAAUGUACCUUGAGACGAGAGAUCGAGGGAAAGCUGAAUUACCUCGUGUCUGCAAGACCCACAGCUGUCAACAUAAAAAUAGCAACUGAGGAGUUAAUCGAACUCGCCAACAAAUUGAGCAAGGACGACAGCAUCACUAUCAGUCAGAUGACCGAACAAUUUCUCAAGAAAAUCGACUCGAUGCUGGAGAAGGAUAUAGCUGACAACAAGGCCAUUGGGGAUUUCGGGGCUAAGGAGAUACUCAAGAACAUUCCUAAGGACAAUCUGGUGAGGGUCAUCACUCACUGCAAUACUGGCUCACUAGCCACUGCCGGAUAUGGUACUGCACUGGGAGUUGUCAGGUCCCUCCACGAUAAAAAUAGGCUUGAGCACGUGUAUUGUACUGAAACUCGACCCUACAAUCAGGGAGCUAGAUUGACUGCCUACGAGCUUGUGCACGAUAAAAUACCAGGUACCCUCAUCUGCGACGAUAUGGUGGCCGCCCUGAUGAAGUCUAGGCCGAUAUCAGCUGUUGUCGUGGGAGCAGACAGGGUCGCCGCCAAUGGAGACACUGCUAAUAAAAUUGGAACAUAUCAAAUUGCUAUAAUUGCGAAGCACCAUGGGGUGCCAUUAUACGUGGCGGCCCCUCAGACCUCCAUCGACUUCAGAAUUCCAGGAGGCGACCACAUACCCAUCGAGGAGAGACCAGACAGGGAAAUGACACAUUUGAAUGACCAAAGAAUCGCAGCUGUUGGCAUUCAAUGCUGGAAUCCAGCCUUCGACGUUACACCAGCCAGUCUCAUCACAGGAAUUAUCACCGAAGUCGGUGUCUUCAGGCCUGAAGAACUCACCAAACUCCGUAAUUCAUCUCAACGAUUCGAUAACUAAUAGGAGAGGGGCAAAACGUCACUCAUUGCGUUUUGCCUCUUCACUAUUAAUUUAUAUUCAGCGUCAGACGCAAUUUUUAUACUGUACUAAUAAUCGCUCCACACUAAUCUUCCACUUCUGAAUUUGUCAUACACGAGUGCGAUAUUUUCUAUAAAUAUUUGUCCGGCAGUUGGGUUGAAGUAUUAAAAAAGCUCAAAUACGUUGACGUUCCAAACUGAAAUCGAAUGUGCCAUUACAUUCUGUAUUAAAAUGGAAUGAUUUUUGUAUCGAAGGGAAAACGAGUGGGAAUUCCCCCGUGAAUUCUAUUCAUUUUGAUAAAUUAUUUAAGAAUGUUUAGAAAUGCUUUACACGAAGUUCGAUGUUAUAUUUUUAUAAUUGUACCAUGUCUAAAAAGAAUUCAGAAUAUAGAAAUGUUGUUAUUAAUAAACAGCCGUACACAAUUA